UGCUCUUGAACGCAGCUCGUCGCAAACACACAGUACAGCACAGAGAAACACGAACAGCGGAAGCUGGGACCUUCCGAACAAGCAGCUUCAUUGGUACUUAAUUUACGAAUAUAGCAGCAAACCAGUUCAUCCUCGUUGUCCUGACAGGCAGAGUCAUGAGUCAUGAGCUGAGUAUGCAGGAGGAGAUGGGGGAGAAGUUUUUGGACGCUGCAGCCAGAGGAGAUCUGACCAUGGUGUCCACACUGUUGUCCCAAGUCCCCUCAUUCAUCAAUCACAAAGGAUACAGGGGCUGGACACCACUGAUGCUGGCUGCUCGCAAUGGACACUAUCAUUUGGUGGAGAAGCUGCUGUCACAUGGCUGUGAUAGGUUUUUGGUAAACAGUUCGUCACAGACGGCCUACGAUAUUGCUAAGUUCUGGGGCCACAAACACAUCUCCAACUUGCUCAGCCAGACAGAUGUCAGUUGCCAGCGACUACUGCAAGGCUCCGACUUUGACCAGCAGGAAAACUACUUUAGCAGAGAAACGUUGGACCGGAUGAGCGCAAAGAGGACCGACAAGGUGUGGCUGGAAGCCAAACAGAGCCACCCAGACACGAUCUACCUGCUGUUCUCCAAUCUCAGCCCUAUGGUCAGCAGCCCACAGGACGGCAAUGAUGGGGGUGAGACCAAGCUGUGUCAGUUCAAAUAUGAGGUCGUCAAAGAUCUGCUCCAGAAACCUGCAACUGUGCUCGUCUUUUUAGGAGUAGAGAAAAGGAAGAAUUGUUCUUCCUCCUUUUCCUCCUCUCAGACAAAAGGGGGUGUUCAGGAUCCUGCAGCUUGGUUUGCCAUCUGCACAGAUGACGAUGAAGCUGAACUUCUUAAACGCUGCAAACAGAAGAACUGCUCCUUCCCAAAAAUGCCCAACCGAGACCUCCUGAAACUCACUGAGGAAGAAGCUGGAGUGGUGGCUCAGGCUCGAUCAGUGUUGGCUUGGCACAGCCGCUACAGUUUCUGUCCCACAUGUGGCAGCAGCACCAAGCUGGAGGAGGGAGGAUACAAGAGGAGUUGUCUGAACUUAGACUGCAGGAGCCUGCGGGGGGUUCACAACACCUGUUAUCCACGAGUUGACCCAGUGGUCAUCAUGCUGGUGAUCCACCCUGAUGGAAACCAGUGUUUAUUAGGAAGGAAGAAGGUCUUCCCUUCUGGCAUGUUCUCCUGUCUGGCUGGAUUCAUAGAGCCUGGGGAGACGAUCGAGGACGCAGUGAGGAGGGAGGUGGAGGAGGAGAGUGGUGUAAAGAUCGGACCGGUACAGUACGUCUCCUGUCAACCUUGGCCGAUGCCCUCCAACCUCAUGAUUGGCUGCCUGGCUUUGGCCAUAUCGACUGACAUCAGAGUAGAUGAAAAUGAGAUAGAGGAGGCUCGUUGGUUCACAAGGCAACAGGUGAUCGACUCUUUGUUCAGAGGAGAGUCUCCAGCAUUCACAGCUCCCCCGAGACAGACCAUCGCCCACCAGCUCAUCAAACACUGGAUUGGCAUGAACUCUAACCUCUAAGCUACAGUGGACCUCCAGAUGGUUGUAAAAAAAAACUUGAUAAUGGAUUUUAAGAGUUCAAAGGCCAGAAUGAACAAAUGGACAUGUUUGUCUUAAAACAGACAAAUACAGAAAGCUACAGAAGAAUUUUCACACAGCAGUGUCCUAUCACACAUAUUUUAUGAUGCAGGAAAACACAGAAAAUCAGUAUGUGAAAACAAUGAAGUAGAAAUCUGAAUAUUACAUUACAUGUCAUUUAGCAGACGCUUUUAUCCAAAGCGACAAACCUACCAUGGAACUGAGUACAAUCAGCCAGGGGUGGAAUGGAACUUGUGACCAUUGCGAUCAUGAUGUCUUCCACACACAGGAUACCGGUCUUAACCACUGAGCCACUGACAAUAUUUAAGUCAGUCACAUUGAUACCAGUGACCAUUAUAUGCAGUUUAAUUAACAAUGAUAGUUUAACAUUUAUUAAACCUAAUCUAGUUUAGAAUUAAAGAAGACAGAUUGAUCCUAAAAUGAAAACAAAGUUUCAGGUCACAAAAAAUGGCAAAUGAUUGAAUUACCCUCUAAGGUUAAAAUGUGUCUGCAGAAGUCUAGAGGGGAGCCCCGAAUACAAUCAAAAUGAUAACAAUAGGUUGGAAAGCUAUUGAUGACAAGUCAAUAAAAUAUUUGAGUUUGAACUAAUAACUGAUCUGAUCUCAGUGGGUGGUGUCAUCUCAGGCUGUCAUGAAGUUGAUUCAGUUGAAUGAAGGAUCAUUUUUCAUGUUCUUUCAUUAAAUGAAUAAAGGAUGUAUAAAUCUACAUAUUUUAAGGUCAGUUAUAACAAUAUCAUUAUAAGGUCACAAAAAAUGGCGAAUGAUUGAAUUACAUUUUUUAAAUAAACUAAUGAAGUGGAAGAUAA